UCAGAGUGAGAGAAGAAGAGGAGACACACUGAGGAGGCACUACUGAUAAUCUCACUUUAUCUGCCACAGAUCUGAUUCUGCUCGCUGCGAGUCUCGGCUGAAGGUGAAGAUGAUGAUGAUGAUAUCGCUGGGGCUUCUCUUGGCUGGGCUUGGUGUGACCUGUGCUGCCGGUGGUCCAGGCAGCUGUGGGGGUCGAUGCGGCGAGGUUUUCACCAGAGGCCGGCAGUGUAACUGUGACUUCAGCUGCCUGCAGCAUAAAGACUGCUGCCAGGACUUUGAGGCUGCAUGCACCAUUGCCCAGUCCUGUCAGGGUCGCUGCGGGGAAAUCUUCAGGCGAGGUCAGCGCUGCGAGUGUGACCCACUGUGCAUCCUCUAUAACACCUGCUGCCAUGACUACCAACUGCACUGCACAGAUGCCACCGUGCCAGUCUCAUCGCAGUCGUAUCGUGGCAGGUUCCAGUCUGCAGGGGCCACAGCUUCAGGAAAGCACAAAUCCCAGAGGAACAGGAAAUCCUCCAACAGUGAGAGUGAGGAAUAUUUCACAGGGAGAGGCCGCUGCCCACAGCACCUUGGGGCUCAGUGUCAAGGUGCUUUAAGGCCCCUCAACUCACUGACCGCGGGCUCAUCCGGCUCCAUCCCUCCUGCUGUACCAACCAACCAGCUACAGCACGGUGUGAGUAACAUGCCUGCAGGCCUGCCGCCUAUGUUGGUCCCUUCCUCUCACAGCGGGGCUCCAUACUCACCAGCGCCCAGCUCAUUUCUACCUAUCAAUAGUGCCCCGUCUCUGGGCAGUGGUGCUCCAGUGAGCCCCCUGUAUCCUGGAGCUGUUGGUAGUAAACUGGAUGUCCAGCUAGUGCUGUCCCCUGGAGGAGCAGCUCCAUCGGUGCUCAAUCAAGGUCUCAGUGUUCCAGCAGGUUUCAGACCCAGCACCCUGCAGGAUGUAGCACAGAGCUUGGUGCAUGGAGGACCUGAAGGACCAGGAACAGGGCUCUUUGCUGAUGUCGACCUGUGCAGUGAUUCUCCCAUCAAUGGACUGACGGCUCUCAUUAACGGGACCAUGCUGGUAUUUAAAGGAAAGUUUUUCUGGUCCAUUGACCCCGUCAGCCGCUCAGUGGGUCAUCCACAGAGCAUCACAGACGCUCUGGGUGUCCCAUCUCCCAUCGACACCAUCUUCACACGUGCCAAUUGCCAAGGAAACACCUACAUUAUCAAGGGGGACCAGUACUGGCGUUUAGAUGGGAACAUGAUGAUGGAGCCGGGCUACCCCAAACCCCUGGCCUCUGAGUUCUCGGGGUUGACAGGAAGCAUCAGUGCUGCGCUGGCAGUGCCAGCCACCAGGAGCAGACCAGAAACUGUCUACUUCUUUAAGAACGGAGAAAUUUUGCAGAGCUUCACAUUCCCACCAGGCAGCAUUCCUUCCUGCAGCAAGAGACCAAGAAGCCCCAUGAAUGCUGGACUUCAUCUAAGUGGAGAGAUCAACAUCAAAGUGUCUCUGAAGGGAUUUCCCACCCCUGUCACCUCUGCUCUGUCCAUGCCCAGCCUUCAGGGGAGUGGCAGAUACCAUCACUACGUCUUCACUGGACCUCUCUUCUUCAACGUCCACGUUUCAGGAGACCUGCCGGUGCUGGCCGAGCCUGAUCCAUCUGCAGCCCUUGCACCUCUGCCCAUCGUCAGCCCCGCUCACGUGGCAACAAGUCCUGCAAACAUGGGCGGCCAGAAUGCAAUCCCUCCCCAACCAGCCAACUCUAUCAGAGUCUGGCUGCGCUGUCCUUAGAAACACCCUGCAGGGGAGACGGGGACCUGUUCUGGUGUUUUUGUUAACACACAAACAAAAACACAUUCUAAUAAAUAAGUCUGAUGCUGAUUUUACUAAUACAUUAACAUCACUUUUUUAACAACUGUUAGUGCCGACUAAAAAUUACCACCAAUUUUAAAAGUCCCAUCAACAACUUUUCUACACAUCUAAACCGCACAAGUAAAUAUCUGGAAACAAAAGCCAUGAUGGGUAGAAGUUCCUCAUUUUAGGAACAUCAACAGGACCUGUAACGAUUAUCCAAAGCCAGUCUAUUAUUUUGUGAAAGAGUUUCCUAUCAUUGUGAUUUUUGAGGCUGUAACUCACAGCCAUUUCCAUUAAAGGUUAACUGGUUGAUUCAUGGUCUCUAAAACAGAAAGCAAACAAUGUUGAUCGGUUUUAUUAUUUAAUCACUUCUUCAGUAGAAACAAUCUUUGCCAAAUAUUUUGAAAUCCUUUGGAUAAUCAAAUGCUUCAUUACGUCCUCAUCUUCAUCCCGACAAAAUAUUUUUGUAAAUUUACUACCCUCUGCACUUUAUUCCAAAACAUCACAUGACAUCGCUGCUACUCAUUAUUUCACUUUAUUAUUAAACCACGUAUUAACAUCUCAAGAACAGAGUGACACAAUCAGGACUCCUAACUUCAAAAACAUUUGAAACAAAAAUAACUAAAAUGUCACAAAGUGUGACCUUUCAUAUCUGAGGACACACACACACACACACAGCUGUCAGAUCUCUCCUGUAAUAGUGUGAUUUUAAGUGGACCUAAAGUUUAUGGACACUAAAUCUGCUGCCUUGUUUGUGUCUUUACUGGAUACGAUGACUGAGCCUUCACUGGUGACAUCAUCAUUAGGCCAUGCCUCCUCUUCCCAGAGCUCCUCCCCUCCCUUCCCGAGAGAAAGUUCCUGAAAUAUUAGAAAAAGAGGAGGAGAAGAAAGGAGUUUGGAAAGGUGAUCAGUGAGAUUCCACAUUGUCACUCUUCACUAAUAUGUAAUGCUGCUUUCUGCUUACUGCACUUCAAUAAACUGCUU